UUUUCUCUCACUUUUCUUUGUCUCCUUUUUCUUUGAAUAAAAAAAUCUUAUAUUGCUUGAAUGGACAAUAAACCAACUCCUUCUCAAUCAACUGAACAUUCACAAGAUAGUGAAAAAGAACACGAUAACCAUGAAUUUGAUCUUCACGAAUAUGAUUUGGACGUAGUUGACUCAGUUCUCAAUAAUCCUCACCAAAACGAGUAUUAUGAUCACUUUGGUUUUAAGAUUGAAGUCAAGACUGAUGAUGAAGACUCUGAAGAUACAAGCGACGACGAAGAUACAAACGACGACGAUAACGAAAAUAGUAAAAAUACACAACAACAACAACAACAGCGCCGUUAUUCCAACCCAACGUCUCUCAAUCCAAAAUCCACUUCUUCUACUUCUUCGUCUUCUUCAGUAGCAGCAAGUGACGAAGAUGAAUACUCUAUCGAUACCGCUUUGACCACUCCUACAACGCAUAAACCUCAACGAAUAUCUACGUCUUCUAUGGAAUCACAUUCUAAACUCAACAAUGGUUUCAAUCAAGGUUCAUCUUUUACAACAACACAUAUCGACACCGAUAAAUGGGAUUCAAAAUAUUGUCAAGAUACCACAGAUCAUAGUUCAAUACCUCGAACAAGCCAAAACAGCAACUUUUCUCAGUCAAGCAUGGGUCAGUUUACACAACAUUAUCCAAAUACCACAACAACCUCUCGAACCAAACAUACUGCACCUUCUAUUAUAUCUACUACACCAGUUCAACGUCCUUCACAAGCAUUCCGAGAACGACAAAGCAAACGUAUGUCAGAACUCAACUAUACCAUGUCUCCUAUUCGUUCUAUUCCAAAUGUAAGCUCACCACCAAGAACUUCCACUACCUCAAAACGACUUUCUUCAGCUUCAACAGUCACUGAAUCAGACGACAAUGAACGUGAAACACCAAAUCAAAUAAAACUUUUACAAGAUACUUUGAAAUUACUAGAACAGGAACGGAAAGCUCAACCUGGAGAAUACGACUGGGAUUUCUGGAAGGAAAUGGUUUUGGAUGUCGACAAAGUAAUCACAACACAAGGAUUGGCACUCAGACAUCAUUUAUCAAUGGGAAUACCAGAUAGAUUACGUGGAUCGCUUUGGCAAUUGUUAGCAAAAUCAAGAAAUCAACCUGGUGAUAUGGAAGCUGUCUUUGGAGAACUAUUGAAACGAACAAGUCCUCAUGAAAAACUAAUUCAUCAUGAUUUGGAUACUUCAUUUCCUAUGGCCAAGUUUUUCCCUUUUCCAACAGAGAUGGUGGACACAAGCAACGAGCAUUCACAACAAUAUCAAUCAUUGUUUAAUGUAUUGAAGGCAUAUAGUCUUUUUGAUCAAGACAUUGGCUAUUCUCAAAGUUUAUCUUUUAUUGUGGCAGUAUUACUCAAGCAGAUACCUAAUGAAUUAUCUGUAUUUUGUUUAUUGAUUCAAUUGAUGGGACCUUUUGGUAUACGAGGAUACUUGACAGAAUCUAUGGAUACAUUGCAAUUACAUCUUUAUCAAUUUGACCAUUUGCUACAAUUGGUUUUACCUGAACUUUAUCGACACAUAGACGCAUUAGGAAUUAGACCAGAAAUGUAUGCUUCUCGAUGGUUUGCUACUUGUUUUGCUUAUGAUUGUUCUCCUUCUUUGGUGGUACGUGUAUUGGAUAUCAUUCUCGUGGAAGGUGCUUAUGUUAUGCAACGUUUUAUUUUGGCUCUUUUGAAGAAAAAUCAAUCAGUCAUCAUGGAUCUUGGUUUUGAAGCUUUAAUGAAGUUUUUCCAAGUAGAUAUAUUUGAAGUUUACAAGGGUCGACGAAAUGAAUUUGUAGUAGAUAUGUAUCAAAUAGAAAUCUCACCAAAACUUUAUACACGACUUGCAAAACAAUAUAAUAAUGAAAUAGCAAGAAAAAUCAAACGAAGAACAGAGGAUGAUGAAAUACGACUGGCGAACGAACAAUUAACAGCACAUAUCCAUGCACUUCAAGAAAAAUAUCGAGUAUUAGAAAUGGAACAUCAAGAAAUGACACGACAGGCAGUGGAAACGAAGAUGGCCAUGGCAAAAAUGGAUGCAGAUAAUGAACAAUUAACACAUCAAUUAAAACAACUCAAGGCUCAAUUUGAACAUUCAGAACGACAAAAGGAAAUGGAACAUCAAGCUCGACUGGAAGAUAUUUACAAAAGUAAUGCUCAAUUGAUCAAACACAAUGCCUCCUUGCAGGACCAAAUUGCAGAUAUGGAAAGUGUAUUGAUUGGACUGAAAAUGAAUUUUGCUGAAAGGGAAAGUGAAUAUGAAGUGAUUCGUCGACAAUUGUUGGAUGCUCAGAAAUCGUAAUACUUUUAUACAUUAGUUUAUUCUCUCUCUUUUUUUUUUUUUGUUACCUUUUAUUAGAAUUUCCCUUUUUUUAUAUAUAUUUACAUUCUUUUCUUCUCAUACCCUAUCUCUAACAUAUCACCU